AUGUUCAAAAUAACUUCACUGAGUACGUCUUUUGCAGGCCGAAACCCGAUCAAAAAGUGGAAUGCCUUGGGACUGUCGAGGAAUGUGUCGAAAAAGAUGUCAAGAAGCAAAGGCUGGACUUCGUGGCUCGAACCAGCGUGUUUGCUGUGGCAACCUGGUGGUCGUGGCUACGUGAGACCUCCAUACAUGACUCGGACCGAUGAUGAUAAACCUCAGUACACACCAGAUCAAGAACUUGCCAUAAUGGCCGAACAAGUCAAUAGCAGCGAUGGGUUUGAAAUCGAUUUCUCGUUCUUCCGCUGCGUUUUCAACUACCAUCCUGUUAUUCUCAAUAUACAACAAUUCGUUGACGAGCCAGAAACUGAUGAGGAUUUACUCAACAGGCUCUCUCAAGGAUCCCUUGAUGGAUACAAUCAAACAAAUAAGACAGAAUUUGAGUUUGUCAUGGUUGUGAAAGCCAAUAAUCACUGGGCUAGUGCGAUUAUGUUUCUUAUAACAUUUCAAGUUAAGGAUCCAUAUGAUGACCAUAUCAAACUCUUCCAAGCAAGGGUACGCUACGCUGAAGAUAUCAUGCUUGAGUAUGUCUUCUGCAGACCUAAACCCGAUAAAGGAGUGAAAUGUGUUGGGACUGCCAAGAAUGAUGUUGAGAAAGAUGUCAAGAAACAAAGAUUGGAGUAG